AUGGUGAAGUUCGAAGGAGAUUUCAGUAUCAACGCGAUACUGAUGAACCACGCGGCCAAACGACCGCCGUCGCCCACGACCUCUAAUACGACCCCGUCGGAGACCGACUUGAGCGACUCCGAGCUGGACGUCACCGGCACGGAGCCGGUCGACUGCACCAAGCCCAAGAACGAUGAGAAAAAGGACAAGAAACACGAGAAACCUGCCUACAGCUACAACGCCCUCAUCAUGAUGGCUAUCCGGAACAGCCCCGAGAAGAGGCUGACGCUGAAUGGCAUCUACGAAUACAUUAUGACCAACUUCCCCUACUACAGGGAGAACAGACAGGGUUGGCAGAACUCAAUCCGACACAACCUCAGCCUGAACAAGUGCUUCGUGAAAGUGCCGCGCCACUACGACGACCCCGGUAAGGGCAACUACUGGAUGCUGGACGCGUCGGCCGAGGACGUGUUCAUCGGAGGCACGACCGGGAAACUCCGUCGGCGAUCCGCGCUCAACGGGCGCUCGCGACUCGCCUGCUUCAAGCGGCCACUGUUCCCCGGAGGACCGCUACCCGGAGGUUACCCCCCGGCCGCAUAUUCUCAACUGGUCGGGCUGUAUUCGCAACUGCUGUAUCAACGGUACGCGCCGAUGCAGAUGAAGACGCCUCCCGUCGCCCCAAGCGCCGUGCACCCCGCUUUCAGAAACGAUAUUAACUACUCGAGUCUGCCGUACUCCUCCGCGCUGUACGAGCGCCUUCCGUCGGGACCGUUCUUGGGCCAGUCGCCGCUGCUUCAGGGUUCAAUUAACCCGCAAAUGAUGUCUCAAACGUCCCCCCUGUUGCCCCCGUCGCCCCCGAUAAUGUCUCAUUCGCCCACGAACUCCGGCGCCUCCAGCCCGGAGCUCCCGUCCCCGUCGCACCACCCCCUGACGCCGCACAUCUUCAAGCCCGUCACGGUGCUGACGAGGCAGUAA